AUGCAGUCAGCCGACCAGAAAAAGAAUCUUAAAGGGCGUGAGCAUCAUUGCAGCUCCAGUACCACAGCUAAGUCCACGACAAACAGCUCUGUAUUGCCAACCAGCUUCCCUCUCCAGAGCCCAUCAUCAUUACCCUCGUCGUCGUCGUUGCCAUCACCCUCUACAACAGAUGCCGCCUCUCCUACGCCGCCAACAUCACCAUCACCACAGCUCCCUGUUGAACCAACAGAUUAUACAUUCAAAGCAAGCAGAUCAGGCUCCGAGCCCCUAGUCUGCGCUAAUUUCGGGUCCAUAUCCCUGUCUGCCAUCGAUCCUUAUCAUCUAUUGACCCCUGGCAAUAACCACAGCAGCCACAAUUUCGAGCCAAAGAGCAGAGACAGCAUCAUGCUGAUGACAAUCCAACAGGAUCGGACCCAGGAAAUUUUGCAACGGCGUCAGGUUCAAGAAAAUCAAUUGUAUCUUCAGACCCCUUUCCUUCACAAUCAGUUUCACCCUCAACAACUUCUACAAGUUAUGCACCCUUCUUCUCAUCUUCAACCUUUCCCACCGCCUCCAUUAACACAGCUAUCGUCAUCACCGUCACUUUCACCAUCAUCGUUGCCACCACCACUACCUCCGACAACGCUCACUCCUCCUUCCCCCUCCCCUGUUGCUCCUCUAUCAGCUCCACACUUGAUACAAUACGAGCAUUCACACUAUCAUACUCAUCCUAACCAGCAACAACCAGCAGCGCUCCAGCGAUCGACCAGUGGUAUUGAGUCUUAUUAUCAACAAUACCAACAUUUAUCUCCACAGCAGCAACGAAGCAUGCUCCAGCAACGAACACAACAGCUGCCGCUGCAGCAAUAUCAGAAUGGCGGAUCUUAUCAGAAGCGAGGUCGGUUCUUUUCUUGGUCUGCUUCCACCACACCUAUGACACCCCUCUCAGGCAACUUCGGGCCAUUGCCUUUGGCAAAUAUGGAGACGUUCGGAAACGUCCUCUACGUUGAUCCGCAUCAGUAUCAAAAUCAGCUGAACCAACAUCAUCAGCAGCAACAACAGCAACUUGCACACCAAGGUCGUAUCCCGAACAAACAGCAGUCAUCGCAACAACAAUGGGUAACAGGAACGACUCUCCAAAGUCUGACUCCUGAUCGCUAUUUUGGGAAUGACUUUGACUGGAUCACUGGCAUUAGUGACCUUGGCACCCCAUCUGCAAAUAAAAUGACAUCGACACGUGGCCCAGUUGGCUCUGCUGUUGGGCUAUCAGAAUCUGGAGCUCCAGCGCCAGCAUCUGAAAAUAAUGGCGGCAUUAGUGCCAAUCCAUACAAUCCAUUUGGUCCCAUGGCUUUUACAUCUACAGCAAAUCCCCGAAUCACCCCGCAUCCAUUUCAGACGAUUGCGUGCACUGGCCUAGCAGCAUCGCUCGGCUCCGAAUCUGCUGACUGCAAGCCAAAGUUUGAAGAGCCAGCUACUGCUAAGCAUAACACCAAGCAUGCAGCUGAUGACAUGACCACGGCUGAAAGUUUGAGACCGGCCCAGCGACGACGUCUCGGAAGCUCUCGAGAGCUAAGCAUCUCCUCCAAGGCCAUGGUGACAGCGUUACCAACAGUAGCAAUCAGAACGGCAUCACAGGCAACGACUGAGUCCAGUCCACGGUCCACACAGCCUCCGACACCCCUUUCCCCCAUAGCCUCCUUCCCUAACAGCCAAGUGCCGCAGCAUCCACUCCAAAAGGAUGCCAGUGUGAAAAAGGAUACAUCGACUACUGAGACCAUCUCUACCGCAUCUAAUGCCAGCUCCACUGCCAUCCUACCACUAGCAGCGCCUGGGCCUAUAUUGCUUGGAAUGCCAUCUUCUACCCAUAACUCCAAAGCGUUCUCGACCAUGCCACCGCAGGGCCCCAGGACAACUACCAGUAGCCCUGCUUUUGGGAGACACCACCCUGUUACUUCAACUGCUCCAUUUCCAGCGAUGUCAAAGCCAAUCCCACGUGCGCGUCAUUCGAGUAAUAAUAACAGUAGUUAUAGUAGCAAUAGCAGCCAUAUAAUUUCUUCCUCGCCUAUGCAGUCAACACCAUAUAGAGAGGGAUACUGUGCAACAUCAGAGGCCGGUGCUAUUAACAGCAAAGGUUUACAGGCCACCUCAAAACGAUCAUCACUCAGCAACAGUACCCAGCCAAGCCCGACUAUUGACACUAAGGCCGAUCCCAUAGCUAGCAUGGGAAGCCAUUAUGCGCCCGUGGUUCCAAAUAGCAUACCACCACUAAACGAUAAUGGCGAGGAUGAGGGUUCUGAAGGCGAAAGCGUUCGGUCCGCAAAGUGUCCACAUUGCGACAAGGAGUUUCAGUCCAAAGGUCUCCUACGUUCUCAUAUCGUAAGCCAUUCGUCAGAUAGGCCGUUUGUCUGUUGGGACUGUGCAGACAAGAGUUAUAAGAGAAAUCAUGACCUGCUUAGGCAUCGGAGAGAGAAACAUAACGUGGAUGGAGUCUCCGCUUCUCCACGUGGAAGCGUACGUAAUCAAAUAGGCGGGACUCGUGAUGGAAUUAUGGAACGCAUCAAGCUCCCGCCUACCGUUGCUAGCCAAAGUAUCAUAACAACCCAUCGUGAUAUUUAUCCGAGCCAUGAAAUGAUGUUUUUAGGCAGUGGCAGUGGACUUGCUGAUCUUUCAGCAUCUUCAUCUAGACCAACACUGAGCCCAUACAGUGGUAUAAAUUAUAGCCACGACCAGCAUAUGCUCCCAGUGUAUCCUCCACACAGCCGCGGGUCUGUUGAGCUAGGUCAAGGAGUGAACCUUGAUCCUCCUUCUUCUUCUUCUUAUAUACUAAAAUGA